AACCCACUUCUGUUUGGGUUUCUUUUUAAACCCUUCUCUUCUCCUCUUGUUUCUCUCCAAAGUUGUCUUCUUUUUUUCUUCUUCGUUGUUCCAAAAAUGGAGCUGGCUCUCAGCCUUGGAGAUACUCCCACUAAUAACAACAAGCCAUUUGGUUUUCUCUCUAAACCUUCCAAGCUUUCUUCUUCUUCUUCUGCGUCGCCAUUUAUGGCGUUGGGCUUCUGCGUCGGCUUGGCCCGCGAUUCUGCUUCUGCCUCUGCCUCGGGUUCGGGUUCGGGCUCGGCGUCGAUCCACGAUGAUCAAGGAAGAGAGGUUCGUGAAGAGGACGACGAUGAGGAGGAAGAUGAAGAAGAUGAUGAUGAUGAGAGAAUCAUUCUUCCCGGGUCGGGUUCGGGUUCGGAUCCGCCGGUUCAGCUGGAUCUUCUCCCGCCGGCUCCUGUUCCUCGUUCUCAUCACUCUUCUUCUUCUCACCUUCCAUUUCCAUGGCUCUCCGAUCACUUGAUGGCUGAACGGGGUUGUUCAGACGGAGGAGCGGAGAGGGUUUUGGACGUGAACCGGUUGCCGGCGGUGGGGCCGGCGGAGGAGACAGACGACAGGGCGGCGGCUGCGGCGGCUGGGAUGUCGUCUCCGAACAGUGCGGUGUCGUCUUUUCAGAUGGAUUUCGGGGUCCGAAACGGCGGAGGAAGCAAGAGAUCGUCCGAUUUCGAGAUGGAAACUGAGAGAGCUUCGUCGAGAAUCAGCGACGACGACGAAAACGGCUCUGCCCGGAAAAAACUCCGCCUUUCUAAAGAACAAUCGGCUUUUCUCGAAGAAAGCUUCAAAGAACACAGCACCCUCAAUCCUAAGCAGAAGCUAGCUCUAGCCAAGCAGCUAAAUCUCCGACCAAGACAAGUUGAAGUUUGGUUCCAAAACAGAAGAGCAAGGACAAAGUUGAAGCAGACAGAAGUAGAUUGUGAGUAUUUAAGGAGAUGCUGCGAGACAUUGACAGAAGAGAACAGAAGAUUGCAGAAGGAACUGCAAGAAUUAAGAGCUUUAAAAACUUCUCAGCCCUUUUAUAUGCAGCUUCCGGCCACCACCCUCACCAUGUGCCCCUCGUGUGAGCGUGUCGCCACCACCGCUCCCGCUCCUGUUGCGAAAACCACCUCCGCCACGGCCACAAACCCGUCCGCUCUAUGCCUCGCCAACAAGCCGAGAAUCUUGCCGUUUCCACACUUGCACCAGGCUGCUUCAUGAUUGCCAUUGAUAUGGAAUGUAAUCCUCUUCCAUGGCGAUUCAUGAAUACAAAAGAGAAAAAUGUGAUCUUGAGAAUUUGUAAAUAGUUUUUUUUUAUGGGGUUGGAGCAAUAUGUUUUCUCUUCUUUGGGGGAGGUUUUUUUUGGAUGUGUUUUGUUGUCUCCAGCUUUGAUAUAUGGCUAUUCUCUCCGGGUUCUUAC